AUGAGGGAAAGAAUACAGAAUCUCAUUGUAAGUUGCUUGGAACUGGACAGUUUAGUAGUGGCUGGUAGCAGGUUUUAUACGAACUUGAAAAAAUAUUUAAGAAAACUAAAAUUACGGUUUCUGUCUAUUUCUACUUUCAUGCUUGUCGACGGUUAUAUGUUUUUACUGCGGCCGGCUGUUCGAUCUGGCAGACAUUUCACUGAAGAUGCUUUGGUUGUUUAUGGAUUAGAACCAAUGCUCCAAACACCAAAUUUUGAAAUAGCUACGGCCUGUGAGAGUACGUGUAUCUUUAUUAGUAUUUACACAAUGGUGAAUGUUAUUUCACUUAUAUUUAUAACAGUUGGCUACGUAGAGGCACAGUUGUUGGCCCUCAGAAAUGAAAUUCUUCACAUCUGGGAUGACACACUGGAAUAUCUAAAUAAUUAUAAAAACAAAUCGCAACCUGAGCUUGCCGUUAUUCGAUCAAAUUUUGUUGCAAGCCGCCUGAGCACGAUUAUUCAAUUUCAUAUACAUAACAUCAAAUUAGUUGCUACUCUAGACCACGCUUUACGACAAUGCAAAGUAUUGGAGUACAUUAUUAUAAUGGCAGCUACCCUGACAGAAUUACUAGGCGGUAUUGAAAAUACAUACCUUCACAUGCCCUACACAUGGGCGAUGGUAAUAAUCGAUUGCUUCACUGGGCAAAAGCUUAUUGACGCCUGUGUCGCAUUCGAGCAUGCCAUUUAUAAUUGUAAGUGGGAAAAUUUUGACAAGAGAAAUAUGUUAACUGUGCUCGUUUUGCUGCAAGAUACCCAGAAGAUGCUAACACUUAGCGCUGGCGGUAUUCUUGUAUUAAACUAUUGCUGUAUACUGUCAUUGUAUAAGCUUUGCUAUUCAAUGUACACAACUCUUUCAAUUGUAUUGAAAUAA